AUGCUGGGCCCUCGCAACGGCACCUACCUUUCGGCCACCGACGUGGCUGGCGCUGUGCUCCUGUUGGCCUACGAGCAGCAUCUGCGCCAGGACGAAUCUUGGCAGCAUCUGCCCAAUUUACGGCGCUGGGUGGACGGCCUGCUGGCCAUCCUCAAUGAGCGCUGUACCGGCUUACCACCCGCCCCACCGGGGGCCGCCGACAACCAUCUGCGCCGUGAAGAAGGCUUGACCAAGCAAGCUCUCAAAAUGGUGCCCUCGCGCGUUGACGAGGCCAUGAACAGCCGAAAGACGCGCAAUUCUCGGCGUCGCGGCAUGGAAGCCCAAUGGUUCGAUCAGCUCAAUGCCAUGCGCAGGCCGCCCACAGAGCUGGAAAACUUGGCCGGCAUCAUGCAGGGGGAACGGACGCACCGCGACGAUUCUCCUGACGCCCCAUCACGUCAAGAUUACUUGCUGGCUCGGCUGGACGCUGUCAUGCGCCCAGACAGCGCGGUGCCGGAGCUGGACCCGGCUUGUGGUGAAAUUAUCUUGUUUGAUCGAAAUGUCUUCUCCUUGUCCCGUGCGUUGCAACGGGCAGCCCAGCUCAAGCUCACCAACGUGUCGGUUUGCAUCGGCGAUAUGGAAUCCUUUGCUGAAAUGGCGCUUCCUUUUGAUCUGGGGGUGGGACUUCACUUUUGUGGCAUGCUGACCGAUCUGGCCCUCAACGCUUGCAUCAGCCAGCAUGCUGCCUUUGUGUUUUGUCCGUGUUGUUAUGGCAAAAUCUCCCGCAACUUUAACAAACAAGGCGAAUGCGUCAUGGACUACCCCCGCUCCGAACGGUACCGAGAUUUGGGCAUGGACAUGCAUGCCUUUUCUGGCUUUGGUGUGGCUGCGGACCAAGACCCCGGCAUGCUGGAGGACGGUUGCACGUACAACAUGACUUCGCCCGAAGCGGCCGUGGCCGAUGCGUACAUGGACACAAUCGACGGCGAUCGCCUUUCGUUGGCAGAGACCCAAGGCACGAUGCAUGGUUCUCAGGAGGCUGGCUAUUUGGUAGCACUGGGUCGGCUCAGACCCUUGGAAUGCACGCCCAAGCACAACAUUAUCUGCGGCUCAUUUCACAAAACUCAAUUGGUAUAG